AUAAAAGCAAAGAACAAGAUCGGAAAAAUAAAAAUAUCCACUUCUCUCUACUACAAGAAAAAUCACCAAGAAACUGCUUCUUCUGAUCUAGGAUCUAUGGCGAACAUGAACGCUCUUCAACAAAUGAUCUUCCCUGACGAGAACGCUCCGAUUCAUCGCAAAAAGAGUGUAACUGCUGCUUCUGUGAAAAGUACCAAAGGAACUGUUCUUGGUCAGAAGAAACCUGGAGGAGCUCGUAGGGCUCUCAAUGAUAUUACAAACAAGUCUGGUGUUCUUCCCAAAGCUUCUGCUAAGAACAAGCAGAUCUCUUCUUCUGCUGCAACUGCUGCAAAGGGAGAUAUCAACAUAGCUGGAGAGAUGUUCUUACAUGAUCACAGCAAGUGCAUCAAAGAGCAGCAGAGUCCCUGGGAUGAUCACUUCUCUUCUGAUAUUCUACUCCACCAUGAUUCUUCCAGCAUCAAGGAGAAGAAUCUCAAGUAUGAGACAGAAAUGAUGGAUGCUAAGAACAAUCUGACUUGUGACGAGCCAGAAGAGAUUCCGUCUCCCAAGAUGACUGAUUGGCUUAAGAGCUCAACUCCGUGGCGCUCCCCAAUCCGUCAUGGCUCCAUGAUGAUGAUGCCUUCUACACCUCUGGCUUGGCGGUUUGAUUCAGAUGAAUUCACUCUCAAGGACGACCUCUUCUGAAUGUCUGUUUCUUAAUGUCUUUUACAAAGAUUCAUCCUUCAGAUGAAGAAGCAGUAGUAGUAGUAACUAUCUUUUGUUUCAGUUCUUCAUGUACUUACAACUCUUGUGUCCAUCACUGAUUUCAUGAAAUAAAAAGUUGGAAUCUUUUCUAGCG